GCUGUUUUGGCGGGGUGGCUGGGCUUGAAGCUGUCCAGGGCAUUGGCGGCGCUGAUUGGCUGGUGCCAGCUUAAGGUGUCGGGCUAAUCGCUAGUGGUGGAUUCGGGCAUCAUGAAAAAGGGCCCAGCCUCCGCAUUUUCGUCCCAUCGCUAGAAUCGACGGCGCUGAAUUCAUGGAGUGAGCGACGGGGCGUUAGGAAAAUGUCGAUCGAUUGAUUGUUGAAGCUCUCAGGAGCUUAAGUGCUAUUGGGCCACUGAGCAUCCUGAUCCUGUAUUCUCUACGAAGCUCUGCCGAGGAAUUCGGAUCUGUUUUCCUGGUGUCGGUGUGAUCGAAUCGGCACGUUCAAGAUCUCUGCAGAUAAAACAUGUGUUCGGCUCGUUCUGCCGAGCAAUUCAGAAGCCGAGCUUCUGACUAUUCGAGGUGCCAGUUGCUCGAGUACUUGGAGGAACCAAGCAAUAUAAGCAAUCGUGGUUCGUCUCAACCAGGGUCUUUUUGAGCUUGGGAUACAGAAGACCGAUCUAGAACUCAUGGGCUUGGAAGAAGAACCUCAACCGACAACCAACUACCAGGAAAUGGCCCGGAUGGCUCUCCUUCCGAUUAGUAACUGCCCAGGCACAGCGACGAAAUUUUGACUCAGGCGAAUCCAGCUCAGUGUUGACGAUGAUGCCGGUUCGCGAGUCAGCAUACAAACAUCACCAUGAGAACAGCACGCGCUCACCGUGCAACAUCGCGCCUUGGCUUCUCCAUAUCUCAGAAGUAGAACUUGAUCUGGACGAACUGCAAGGAGUGAUUGCGAGAUGGAGCGGCUGAGUGGUGUGGUUGAUGACAAUGACUUCAUCGUGACCGCAUUCGGGCUCGGAAGCAAAAGCCAGCUCCGACCGAUAUCAAAUACAUACAUUUUUGACUGGUGCGGGGGAGUAACGAUAGUCCUGUCGGGCCCUCGGUGGUCCGACAUCCAUUUUAUGCUGCGCUCUGCUUGGUGGUAUGCUAACUUUAUGAUAGAAGGAUCGCUCGAUCCGAUGAGCCAGAGGUACAUAAGGCGUUGAUCGACUCGGGCUCUCGGAGUUAAGAUUUCGCCCAGACUCCAUAGAUAUAGUCCUGAGUCGUGCCUGUUCUUCGUCUCUGAUAUCAUAAUUGAAUAUGUUAUAUCACCGUGUAUAUUUCCUGCUGCCAUUCCCCCGUUUUGAACUCUUUCCGCAUAAUCUGGCAUAGCGUUCAUUCAUCGUGCGAGACUCAUAUCUAACCCGCCCGCCAUGGAGAAAGACAGCUUCCCCGGGGAUCCGCCCAGGGACUCUGAGCAACACCCCCGCAAAUCCCAAUACUCAACCUCCGACACCACGACACUCCCGUCCCCAAACUCCGGGGAAGAAAACUUCUUCUCGCCCAUUCAGACAAACCAGUCCGGGCGACCCGGGACUAUAUCACGCCAGAAGAGCGGGGUGCCACGCGGGGAGGAUGAAUUCACAAACGCUCUCUCGCAUAGGCGGACAAGCUCCACCUAUGCGGGGAAGGGCGAAUCGGACGACAUGGACCAAAUAGUCAAGCUGGUCUCGCGAAUGUUUGGCCAUGAGCGUAAGGCCAACUCCGACGAGGAGCAGACGAGACACCAGGGUGUUAUGUGGAAGAACCUUACCGUGAAGGGCGUUGGUCUGGGAGCCGCGCUCCAGCCGACGAAUGCGGAUAUCUUUUUGGGGUUACCUAGGACGGUCAAAGGUCUGUUGACUAAGGGAAGAAAAGGCGCUGGUGGGAAAGCGCCGCUGAGAACUAUUCUGGAUGACUUUACUGGCUGCGUGAGGCCUGGUGAGAUGUUGCUGGUCCUAGGUAGACCUGGCUCUGGAUGCUCGAGCUUCCUAAAAACCAUCGGAAACCAAAGAUCGGGUUACAAAAGUGUCGAAGGAGAUAUCUGUUAUGGUGGGACAGAUGCCGAUACUAUGCUGGACAAAUAUCGCUCAGAGGUCUUGUACAAUCCAGAAGAUGACCUCCAUUACGCUACGCUCACCGUCCGUGAAACCCUAAUGUUUGCGCUCAAAACACGGACGCCAGAUAAAGGAUCGCGUCUACCGGGUGAGAGCCGGGCGGAAUACCAGGAGACAUUUUUGUCCACAAUCGCCAAGCUAUUUUGGAUUGAGCACUGCUUGGGGACAAAGGUUGGUGGUGAGAUUGUCCGAGGAGUUUCCGGAGGAGAGAAGAAGCGUGUCUCUAUCGGAGAGGCGUUGGUUACCAAGGCUAGCGUGCAAUGUUGGGACAACUCGACGAAAGGACUUGACGCAAGUACUGCUUCAGAAUAUGUGCAGAGUCUGAGGACUCUUACCAACAUGGCGCACGCCUCUACCCUUGUGGCUCUCUAUCAAGCCUCCGAAACCCUAUACAGGCAAUUCGACAAGGUAAUGCUAAUUGAAGAUGGAAAGUGCGCGUACUUUGGACGGGCAGACAAGGCUAAAGCCUACUUCGAGGGACUGGGCUUCGAAUCCCCUCCUCGCUGGACGACUGCAGACUUUUUGACAUCUGUCAGUGAUCCCAAUGCCCGACGGGCAAAGGAAGGCUGGGAGGACCGGAUACCACGAUCCGCAGAAGACUUUCAGCGAGCAUAUCGCAACAGCGAAAAUUACAAGGAGAACUUGCGAGAUAUAGAGGACUACGAAAAAGACGUUGAAUCGCAAGCCGCAGAGAGGGAAGAGGCUCGGAAAAAGGCGCCGAAGAAGAACUUCACUGUUCCGUUUCACAAGCAGGUCCUCAUUCUCACAGAAAGGCAGUUCCGUAUCAUGUACGGUGAUAAGCAGACACUUGUCGGAAAGUGGGCUAUCCUCACCUUCCAGGCGCUCAUUAUUGGAAGUCUUUUCUUCAAUCUUCGACCUACAAGUGGAGGCACCUUCACACGAGGUGGCGUCAUGUUCUUCGUCCUGUUGUUUAAUGCCCUACUCGCUCUUGCAGAGCUCACCGAUGUUUUUCAACACCGGCCUGUGAUGCUGAAGCACAAGACAUUCUCCUUCUACCGCCCGUCCGCAUACGCGGUCGCGCAGGUUUUAGUGGAUGUCCCAAUAAUAUUUAUCCAGGUCACGCUCUUUGAACUAAUAGUCUAUUUCAUGGCGAAUCUCCAAAGAACACCCUCGCAGUUCUUCGUCAAUUUCUUAUUCAUCUUCAUUCUCACGAUGACGAUGUAUUCAUUCUUCAGAACUGUGGGAUCGUUCAGUCAAUCCCUUGAUGUUGCCACCCGUAUCACUGGUGUUGCAAUCCAGGCACUUGUUGUCUAUACUGGCUAUCUCAUUCCUCCCUGGAAGAUGCACCCGUGGCUCAAGUGGCUAAUUUGGAUCAACCCGGUCCAGUACGCGUUCGAGGGUAUCAUGGCAAACGAGUUUUACAACCUGGAUAUCCAAUGUGUGCCACCAAAUAUUGUGCCCGACGGACCUAAUGCGCAGCCGGGUCACCAGAGCUGCGCUAUUCAAGGCAGUACGCCCGAUCAACUAACGGUCCAAGGAUCGAACUACAUACAGUCCGCGUAUACGUACAGUCGGUCCCAUCUCUGGCGCAACUUUGGUAUCAUAGUAGCCUGGUUCAUUUUCUUUGUCGUUAUGACUAUGAUUGGAAUGGAGCUUCAGAAGCCGAAUAAAGGUGGGAGCGCGGUGACUAUCUUCAAGAGGGGGGAGGCCCCGAAAGAUGUUGAAGAUGCAGGCAACGAUAAGGAGAAGCCAGGCGACGUCGAAUCCGCGUCCAAUGGUAACGCUCACAACAAUGCCAACAACGAUGCGUUGGACAACUCGGGUGGGAAAGUGGAGGGUAUCGCCAAGAGCACGUCCAUCUUCACAUUUCAAAAUGUGAACUACACGAUCCCUGUCAGCGGCGGGAAGAGGCAACUUCUGAAAGAUGUCCAGGGAUAUGUUCGCCCUGGCCGACUCACAGCGCUUGUUGGAGCUUCCGGCGCAGGCAAAACAACCCUGCUUAACGCACUGGCCCAGCGUUUGGACUUUGGUGUCGUCUCUGGUACAUUUCUGGUUGAUGGAAAGCCGCUGCCACGAAGCUUCCAGCGAGCAACUGGCUUCGCCGAGCAACAAGAUAUCCACGAGCCAACGGCCACAGUACGGGAAUCCUUGCGCUUCUCAGCUCUCCUUCGUCAACCAAAAGAAGUUCCCAUCCAAGAAAAGUACGAUUACUGCGAGAAGAUCAUCGACCUCUUGGAAAUGAGACCAAUCGCCGGCGCUACAGUAGGAUCAGGUGGCACGGGACUGAACCAGGAGCAGCGCAAGAGACUGACCAUUGCCGUCGAGCUUGCGAGCAAACCGUCUUUGUUGCUUUUCUUGGACGAGCCGACCUCGGGUUUGGACUCGUUGGCUGCUUUUAACAUUGUCCGAUUUCUUCGGCGAUUGGCAGAUGCAGGACAGGCAAUCCUGUGCACCAUCCAUCAACCGUCGGCGGUGCUGUUUGAGAUGUUCGAUGAUUUGAUUCUCUUGAAGAGUGGCGGAAGAGCCGUGUAUAACGGCGAGCUGGGGACUGAUUCUUCGAAGCUUAUUGAGUAUUUCGAGCGCAAUGGUGGCAAGAAGUGUCCCCCUGAUGCGAACCCUGCAGAGUACAUGCUUGAGGUCAUUGGCGCCGGAAACCCAGAGUACAAAGGUCAAGACUGGGCAGACGUCUGGUCCGAAUCACAAGAGUGCAAGGCUCUCUCAGAGGAGAUCAACAACAUCAUCGAGUCCCGUCGAGGCGGCGAGCAGGAACGGAAUAAGGACGACAACCGCGAGUAUGCUAUGCCGAUCUGGAUCCAGAUUGUGACAGUCACCAAGCGUUCGUUUGUUGCGUACUGGAGGACGCCUGAGUACACCAUUGGCAAAUUCGCCCUCCAUAUCUUCACCGGCCUCUUCAACACGUUCACCUUCUGGCACCUCGGAAACAGCUAUAUUGACAUGCAAUCACGCCUCUUUUCCGUCUUCAUGACCCUCACCAUCAGCCCACCUCUUAUUCAGCAGCUGCAACCACGCUUCCUCCACUUCCGAGGCCUUUACGAGUCCCGCGAGGCCAACUCGAAGAUUUAUUCGUGGACUGCGUUUGUUACCUCCGCCAUCGUCCCUGAGCUGCCAUAUUCCAUCAUCGCCGGCUCGAUCUACUUUAACUGCUGGUAUUGGGGCAUCUGGUUCCCCCGCGACUCCUUCAGCUCGGGCUUCACCUGGAUGCUCCUCUCCCUCUUCGAGCUCUACUACAUCGGCUUCGGGCAAUUCAUCGCGGCCUUCUCUCCCAACGAGCUCUUCGCCUCCCUCCUCAUCCCCUGCUUCUUCACCUUCAUCGUCGCCUUCUGCGGCGUUGUUGUCCCCUAUGUGGCCCUCCCUACCUUCUGGCGAUCCUGGAUGUACUGGCUCACACCUUUCCACUACCUACUCGAGGCGUUCCUCGGUGUGCUUGUGCAUCAGGUUCCAAUGGAGUGCGUUGAGCGUGAGGAGGCACGGUUCUCGUUGCCGCCGGGGAGUAACUCGUGUCAGGAGUAUGCGGGUGGGUUUACGAGUCAGGCGGGGGGUUAUGUGACUGACGUGGGCGGUGGGAUGUGUGCGUAUUGUUUGUAUAGUGACGGGGAUGAGUUUGCCUCGAGCUUCAACGUCUUCUACUCCCACAAAUGGCGCAAUUAUGGCAUAUUCUGGGCGUUUAUCGUGUUCAACUUCGCGGCAACAUUCUUCUUCUCGUGGCUAUAUUUGCAUGGCGUCAACGAUAUGAAGCGGUGGUUCAGUGCGCGGAAGACGAAGAAGGCCGCGCCGGCGGAGGAGGCGGAGGAGAGUUAGAUUUCCCAUCUUCUUAUUCGUCUUGUCUUGGAAAGGAAGGAGAAUGUGCCGGAUAGGAAUGAAUGUGUGGUGGCGGAGCCAUUAGUACUGAGUAAUGGACUGUUGCGUUGGGAUGCAUGAUAUGUGUUGCAUAGACUGGGUGGGAUUGUACCAUACUCGCACGGAAUAAAUCCGACUUCACACUGA